AUGCGACUUGAAAAGUAUAUUGCUACAUCAGGAAUUGCCUCACGGCGGUCAGUGAAGAAAGCGCAUUCAAGCCGGUGUGUCACUGUCAAUGGCGAACCCGUUUUGGUCCCGGGACACCCGAUUAACGUAGAGACUGAUUCUGUUGAAUUUGAGGGGAAACAGGUCGAGCCGUUAGCAGAACACAUCUAUCUGAUGCUGAAUAAACCCGCAGGCUGCCUGACGACGCGCAGCGAUGAACGCGGACGACCUACCGUCAUGGAGCUUGUCGCAGAUCUGCGCGAUACCAUCUAUCCUGUCGGACGCUUGGACUUGGAGACCGAGGGGCUUCUCCUCUUCACAAACGAUGGAGACUUUGCUUAUCGGUUGUUACAUCCGAGCCAUGAAGUAGAGAAAACCUAUCUCGUGUGGGUGAAGGGUGUGCCGCGCGACGACGCGAUUCAACGGUUGCGUCAAGGUGUUACGAUUUCAAGUGGGGCAACGGCACCGGCGAAGAUCAAGCGUGUAAAAGUAAGUAAGGACAGCGCGUCAGCUAAAUUUGAGGUAGUGAUUCACGAGGGAAAGAAACGGCAGGUACGUUUAAUGUUUAAAGCCGUGGGGCAUCCGGUAAUCCGUUUGAAACGAGUCCGAAUCGGUAAUUUGCGGUUAGGCAACCUUCCGUCUGGACAGUAUCGAUUUCUAAGCCCAGAGGAGAUCUCCGAGUUGAUGUUGUUGUAG